CUUCAUAACAAAGCGCUUAAUGAUCUCAAUGAAUUGGAGAACCCUUUUGAAUGUAUUUCUUCAAUCAUUUAAAUGCAUUAAUUGAUAAAAUAAUAAGAUUACAUAUUAUGUGUCACGCUUAUUAAUAACAAUUAAUCAUGAAUCGAGUUUGAAUACAAUAACAAGAGUUUCAACAUGUACAAUAGUGAAUAAACGUUCGGACUGACAUUUUGGAUACAAUUUCAUGAGAUGUUUCUUAGUGAAAGUGUUCCCAAUUUUCAUACAUCUAACGAAAAUAAUUGUCAUCUUUAUCUUAAGAUAUAAGCAAAUAUUAUCAAAAGAAUGGAUUCUCAGGAUAAUUCACGUACACAUGACGACAAUAAUGAUAUUGACUCAGCACUUGCUGAACUUUUUCCAAGCCUCGGAUACAACUUCAGCAAUCCCCUGGCUGUCCUAUUGUCAACCAUGGGGUCUAGUGAUGAAAAAGGAGGGCAUGGAACCAACCUCUAUAACCCUUUUAACCUUCCACCUCCCAGACUGCAGGAAAUACAUGCCAUGGCGACGGCAAAUCUCAUUAGUCAAACACAGGAGGCUAUCAUGCAAGAGUAUAACUUCCUGGAUCUUGACUUUGAAAACACCUUUGUUGACAGAUGCCAUCAGAGUUCGGAUCGUCUUUCAAAUACUUGUGCUGAUUAUAAUUCUAAUGGCAAACACAGAAAAUCAUAUCGUCCCUCAACUGAAAAACACUCUGUUUUGCAUCAACUACAUGUAACAGACAUUUCAAGUAACCCUGGUCAAUAUGAAUCAAUAGAGGGAACAAAAUUAACAGAGUUUAAUGUUUCUUUGCAACAGAAAAAAUGUAAUACUGUUGCCCCUGUAGCUUCUAAAAGGAAAUCUGAUACUUCUGAAGAUGAAAUUGCUGUUGCAAAUUUAAUAAAUCCUUUGACAAAUGAAGACAAUUCAUUUCACAAUUCAUAUUUUUUGAAUAAACAUGUGACUCCAGACAAAAGAUCUAAACUAGAAGUUAAAGAUAAAGACUGUCCAGCUGCCUUGAAUUUAAAUAAGAAGUCUAUUGAUUUUGCUGGUUCAGACAUAAAGAAAAGCUCAUUUUUAGAGGUUGAGAUACCUGCAAAUGAUGAAACAAAUACUGUACCAAGUACCGCAAAAGAAAUGCAAACAGAUUGUCGCUCAUUUGAUUCUAACUGUGUAGUGAAUGAUUCAACUGAAGAUGUAUUGAUGGAUAAUGUCUUAUAUGUCUGCCAUAUUUGUUCAAAACAGUUUACUUGUUUGGAGGACAUGAAUAUGCAUUGUUCCAGCCAUCAAAGAUAUGUUUGUCCACAGGAGGGAUGUGCUAAAACCUUCACAUAUCGAAGCCACUAUCAAUACCAUCUGAAAACACAUACUGGAUUACGAGGGUACCAGUGUGAGGUGUGUGGCAGUGCGUUCAGUGCCUCCCACCAUCUGGCUGCUCACAUGGGGACCCACACAGGGGACAGACCUUUCAUAUGCAGCCAGUGCGACAAGGCCUUCAACACACUCUCUCAACUUAACAACCAUGAGCGCACACACACAGGUGGCUGAAAGUUGUGGGAAGAAGCCAUACAAAUGUGAUGUACCAGGCUGUGAUAAAAGCUUUGCGGAAAGUUCCAGUCUCAAGAAACACAAAGUUACACAUUCUGGUGAUAAGCCAUACAAAUGUGGCAUCUGUCAAAAAGGUUUCUCUCAGUCCAGCAGUCGCAGUUACCACAUCAAAAAGGCCCAUCCAGAAGGCUCUUAACACAAACAAGACCAGGGGCUAGUUUUUACAAAACGUGUGAAGGCUUCCAAACAGCAUCUGAGCUUAUGUUCCAUAAGUUAUGUGGGGCUCUUAAACAAAUUAGGCAUAUGAGCAUAACCAGAAAAUGUUUGAUAGAGAUGUAGGAGAUCUUCAAUGAAGCAUAGAAGAAAAAUAACACUGACCAAUAUGACCAUAACCAAGCUACAUUCCAUGGUUAUUGUAAAGAUGUAAAUGAAACACUAAAUUAUAGUUACGUUUUGUUAUUUUUAUGAGAAUUACAUAAUGUAUAUAUACAGUUCUUGAAAUAAAGAGAAAAAUAUC